CUUCAGUUUUAGGCGUUCACUUGAGGCGGCGACAACGUUAACGAAUACGAAUACGAAUACAAAACGAAUAGAUCAAUAGUUAUUUGCAGUGUGUGUGCGUGCGUGUUUGAAUAUUAAUUAAGCUAUCAAAAUGGUAUCUGUGGAAACAAUUGGUUCGAUCUUCAUCAAAGCCCUCAAGCUGAUUAUUAACUUGGUUGUCAUCUUUCUGUAUCGCUGGGGAGAUGGUGGCGAAUUUCUUGGCAUUGGCGGCACUUGGAACCUGAACGAAGAAAAAAGCGCCGAUGCGGAAAUUGUUGCCUCUGGAGUAAUGGUUGGAUUCUUUAUAUACACGGGUUGCCACACGAUUGCCUAUGCCUUUGGCACCACAAAGCACAAGGGAGAACUGUGUGACACCAUUAUGAAUGUGGUGGGCACCUUCAUGUGGCUUGCCGUUGGAGGCGUGGCAUUGCAUUACUGGAAGGGUUACAUGUCCGACGAGGGAUUCCUCUAUGUCAACUCGGAGCGACAGGUGGGAAUUGCCAUGGGAUCGUUGUGCGUUAUCGAGGGAGCACUGUAUCUGCUAGACACUGUGCUGGCCUGCAUACAUUACUCCAAGGGCGACACUGACUACACACAGUAAUCAACCGGGAUGAAGUAUGGACAUAUACAUUGAAGCGCCGCUGGGGCAGCUAACGAAUAACUGACAAAUUUUCAAUACAUUUCAGUUAAUUCUAAGUGCAAAUUAGUUUUUAACUUAUUAAGCCAAUUGUGUAUCAAUUUUCUUACAAAACACAUUUACAUUAAAAACUACGAUAAUGACAGUUCACUGUAUCCAUAAUUUAACUAACAUCCAAAAUUUAUUUGGCUAUAUCACUUUUUACACUUUGGCAAAUAUAAACUGUUAAGAUCCAAAAC